GUUUUUUGCAGCUCGCCCCCUGGUCUCUUUCUUUUUAACCUCUCGUUUCGGCAAGAUUCGACGUAGCAUUGAACGCGGAUAUCGCCACACAUUAAAAUGGGUAUUGAUAUCAACCACAAGUACGAUCGCAAGGUUCGCAGGACCGAGCCCAAAUCCCAGGAUGUGUACCUGCGCCUGCUUGUUAAGUUGUACCGCUUCCUGCAGCGCCGUACCAACAAGAAGUUCAACCGCAUCAUCCUGAAGCGUUUGUUUAUGAGCAAGAUCAACCGCCCUCCGCUAUCGCUGCAGCGCAUUGCCCGCUUCUUCAAGGCGGCCAACCAGCCCGAGUCCACCGUCGUGGUCGUCGGCACUGUCACCGAUGACGCCCGCCUGUUGGUGGUGCCCAAGCUUACCCUGUGCGCCCUCCACGUCACCCAGACUGCUCGGGAGCGCAUCCUGAAGGCUGGCGGUGAGGUCCUGACCUUCGAUCAGUUGGCUCUCCGUUCGCCAACCGGCAAGAACACUCUGCUGCUGCAGGGCAAGCGUACCGCCCGCACUGCCUGCAAGCACUUCGGCAAGGCUCCUGGUGUGCCCCACUCGCACACCCGCCCCUAUGUCCGCUCCAAGGGACGCAAGUUCGAGCGUGCCCGUGGUCGUCGCUCCAGCUGCGGCUACAAGAAGUAAGCAUCCAGCUGCUGCCGGAUAGAUUGGAACUAAAUAGGACACUUUUGGUUAAGAUUGAUUUGAUUUGUCACGUCGCCGUCGCACACCACUCGGCAAUAAAGAAGUUUUAUUCCAAAAGGUGAAA